CGACAUGUAAUAUAUAUAGGUUGGUGUAGCGCUGCAGAGAGUGGGUAGAAUAUACAAAACCAAUGAUUCCCAUAUGUCCAGUAGUAUCCUUCACCUAUGUGCCUGGCCGGCUUGGUGAAGAUGCCAAAAUGGCUACCGGCAAUUACUUUGGAUUUACCCACGGCGCUGCCGCUCAGUACAGCCAGCAGCCAGCAGCCGGGGUAGCAUACACCCAUCCAACCACAGUGGCCAGUUACACAGUUCAUCAAGCACCAGUGGCAGCACACACUGUGGCAGCAGCUUACGCCCCUGCUGCAGCCACAGUUGCAGUAGCUAGGCCUGCGCCUGUUGCCGUGGCAGCUGCUGCCACUGCUGCCGCUUACGGAGGAUACCAGCCGACCCACGCGGCCACCGAUUAUGGCUACCCUCAACGGCAGCCUGAAGUCCCUCCACCACCCCCACCAGUCACCUCGCAGAACUACCAGGAUUCCUACUCCUACGUCCGGUCGACGGCUCCAGCUGUAGCUUACGACAGUAAGCAGUAUUACCAACAACCCACUGCAACAGCGGCUGUUGCUGCUGCACAGCCACAACCCAGUGUGGCAGAUACCUACUACCAGACAGCCCCCAAACCAGUCUACAGCCAGGGGGUGACAUCGUACACGCAGAGCCAGCAGACUCGACAGGUGACUGUGAUAAAGCCAGCUGCUCCUAGUCCAGCUUCUUCAACGUUCUCCAUCUACCCAGUGACAUCUACUGUCCAGCCCGUGGCUGCUGCAGCCUCUGUUGUCCCGUCUUACUCCCAAAGCCCGACAUACAGCACUAAUGCUGUUACAUACUCUGGAACCUCAUACUCUGGCUAUGAAGCUGCAGUUUACUCCGCAGCCUCCAGUUACUACCAGCAGCAACAGCAGCAGAAGCAGGCAGUGGCAGCUGUAGCUGCAACUGCAGCAUGGACAGGCAACACCUUCACUAAGAAGCCCCCCUUUCAGAGUAAACAGCUGAGGCCCAAACAGCCCCCCAAACCUCCUCAGAUACACUAUUGUGAUGUGUGUAAGAUCAGCUGUGCUGGCCCACAGACUUACAAGGAGCACCUUGAAGGCCAGAAGCACAAGAAGAAGGAAGCAGCGUUGAAGGUUUCUCAGAGCAGCAGUAGCAGUGGUAGCAGUGGAGGAGCACUGGCCCGCAAUGCUCAGAACCAGCUCCGAUGUGAACUUUGUGAUGUUUCGUGUACUGGUGCUGACGCCUAUGCUGCCCAUAUCCGUGGAGCCAAGCACCAAAAGGUUGUAAAACUCCACACCAAGCUCGGUAAGCCCAUUCCAUCCACUGAGCCCAGUAUGGUUACUCAGACAUCGUCCACCACGACAGCUGCUCCAAGCAAGACCACACUGGCUACUUUCAGCAGUUCCAGUACCACCAGCUCUCCAUGUGUGGCUACCUCCUCCUCUCCUGCCUCCAGCUCCUCCUACCUGAGGCCCAUUAACCUGGUUAGCAGCGGCGUGGCAGGUGUUAAGAGCCCCCAAGCCAACAGCCUUUCUGCUGCCAGUGCUGCUUCAGUGGGGAAAAAAGUCAACACCCCCAAGAUCAACUUUGUAGGUGGGAACAAAUUACAGACCACAGUGAAGAUGGAAGAUUCCAGGGCAGAGGCCAAAGUCGAGGCCUCGAAGCCUGUCGCAGCCUCUUCAGGGUCCCAGGAACCCAAGACUGACAUUCCAGAUCUUUCCACAUCAUCCCUUGCUGUACUGCAGAGUGAUGUUCAGCCUGUUGGCCAUGACUAUGUUGAAGAAGUCCGCAACGAUGAAGGCAAAGUCAUUCGCUUCCAUUGCAAGUUGUGUGAAUGUAGUUUCAAUGAUCCAAAUGCAAAGGAGAUGCAUCUAAAAGGUCGCCGGCAUCGCCUGCAGUACAAGAAAAAGGUAAACCCAGACCUCCAAGUAGAAGUCAAACCCAGCAUUCGAGCCAGAAAGAUCCAGGAGGAGAAGAUGAGAAAGCAGAUGCAGAAAGAAGAGUAUUGGAGAAGAAGAGAAGAGGAGGAGCGCUGGAGAAUGGAGAUGAGGCGUUAUGAAGAAGACAUGUACUGGAGACGCAUGGAGGAGGAACAGCACCAUUGGGAUGAGCGGCGUCGUAUGCCAGAUGGAGGAUAUGCACAAGGGCCUCCGGGCCCUCCCGGUCUACUCGGAGUCCGCCCUGGCAUGCCCGGCCUGCAGCCUCAGGGGCCUGUGGUAGGAGAUGUCUUUGGGCCUCCACGCCGGCCCGACUCCUCAGAUGACCGCUACGUUAUGACCAAGCAUGCAGCCAUCUACCCCUCAGAAGAUGAGCUUCAGUCCAUCCAGAAAAUUGUGUCAAUUACAGAACGUGCUCUCAAACUGGUGUCUGACAUAAUUACAGACCAGGACAAGACCAAAGAAGAAGACAAAGAGAAGAAAGAACCAGCAAAAGACAGAGCCCUGAAGGGAGUGAUGAGGGUUGGUGUCCUGGCCAAAGGCUUGCUGCUCCGUGGGGACAAGAACGUCAAUCUCGUCCUGCUCUGCUCCGAGAAGCCCACCAAGAGCCUCCUCACCUCCAUCGUGGAGCACCUCCCCAAACAGCUAACAAUGGUAACAUCAGAGAAAUAUGAAGUCAAAGGGUCUGUCCAGGAAGCAGCCAUCAUUCUGACGUCCUGUACCGAGCCAAAGAUGCAAGUGACAAUCACGCUGACUUCACCCGUCAUCAGAGAGGAAAAUGGCCGGGAUGGAGAUGUAACCUCGGGUAUGGUGAAAGACCCAGUGGACGUCUUGGACAGGCAAAAAUGCCUUGACGCUCUGGCUGUUCUGCGCCACGCUAAGUGGUUCCAGGCUAGAGCCAAUGGUCUUCAGUCCUGCGUGAUCAUCAUCCGAAUCCUGCGAGACCUCUGCCAGCGAGUUCCCACGUGGUCAGCAUUCCCCGGAUGGGUGGACCAGGACUGGUGGAUCCCUGUGAAAAGAAGCCCGUGGAUACCCUGGCAACUUUGGGAGAGCAGCAGAGAGAGGACAUUACCUCAAGUGCCCAAUUUGCUCUUAGGCUGCUGGCGUUCCGUCAGAUUCACAAAGUUUUGGGAAUGGACCCUCUACCGCAGAUGAACCCUCGCUUCAGCAUCCGCAACAGCCGGAAGCGUCGCCGUGACAACAGCGAUGGCACAGACAGCUUUGAGGGCGAAGGCAAAAAAGACAAGAAAGAUUACGACAGUUUCUAAGCUUGCGUUAUGAAUUGAAUCUACAUACCAGCUGUACUAAAAUGUCGUAUGCUCGUCUCCUGUGUACUGGCUUCUUUGUUUUUAAGCUCCAGGUGUACCAGCCUAACCACAGCCUGACUUUGUAUGACACACACGUGUAUUGUUUUUAGUUGUAGAUUUCUUACCGUGAGGGCUGAGGACUCUGUGCUAGACGGACGUUUUUACCUGACGUGCUUCUUACAAGAAUGAAUACAGCAGAGCUUGUGUCACUGCUCCCCACCUGUGUGUUUAAAGUGGAGCCGGACUGAACUGUAAUGUGGGUCAGAAGGAAGCGUGAGGAGAAAUAUCAAUGCCUUCAUUCAUCUGUACAGUUGCAUCCAGAGCUGGUCUGUUUUUGUUGUUAUUGUGAACCUUUUAUUUGGCCAACAGAUAUGUCAACGUUCCUGUAUUCCUGUGCUUAAUGCAAGUGCUGUUUGAUGCUGUGGUCUUGUUACGUUUCAAUGCUAAUCUACACUUCAGAUGAAGACCUAUGGGAUGCAGCAGGCUAUGAAGAAUAUUUCAGUGUUGAUAUACCUUUGUUAGUAGUGACGUUGUAAGCCCAGGUAUGUAGUUUUGUCUAUUCAUUUGCAUAUAUAAUAAGUAUUUGUGUAAUCUAUAGAUGUAAAAAGACAAGUUUUGAUUUGUGGAAAAAGUGGCUACGUUAACACUGCCGACUGUUCUGGCUUUUAAAUUAGUUUUCUUGUGUAAUGGGGAUUGUAUUGGCUUGCUUGCCUCAUACCUUGGUUAGGUGCUAAAUCAGUUUUGUCCUGAGGAAAAGGAAUAAAGAUUAUUACUGACUGAG